AUGCAUUUUCGAGACAGCAAAAGGAAAGUGGACUAUGUUUUAGCUUAUCACUACCGAAAACAUUCUUCAUACCCCGAUGGUGGCUCUCCAGGCCCUUUGCACAGACCUGCCUCUUUGGCUAUUAUUUCUAAUGGGGAGACAUCCAAAAGCCAACCUGAACAGCAGCAGCAUCAUGACCAGGAUGUACCCAAUCCAGAUGCUCAGAUAAUUGAUCUGGGUCCACUAGAUGCUUUGGAGGAAGCAAAACGGGAGCAGAGGGAUGAGUUUGAACGUAACUUGGUGGAAGCUGGUCUGGAAAUAGAGAAAGAUGUAGAGAAUAAGAGCCAAGGAUUGAGUUUUGUUCGAAUACAUGCGCCGUGGAAUGUACUUAGCCGAGAAGCAGAGAUUCUUAAAAUAAAAAUGCCCACUAAAAAGACAUAUGAAAUAAAGGAAGAACGUGGAAUUGUCAACAAGCUGUCUGAAAUAUGGGACAAAUUUACAAAACCUUUGCAGCCCAACGUGCCACAGCAAAACACCACCAGGAUGAAGAAUUUGUCUUACCCCUUUUCCAGAGAAAAAAUCUAUUUGUACAAUGUUCAGGAGAAAGACACAUUUUUUGACAACACUACCCGCAGUCGAAUAGUACAUGAAAUUUUGAAGCGCACAUAUAGUACAAAAGCCAAAAACAGUAUGGGUAUUAACACAUUAAUAGCAAACAAUGUCUAUGAAACAGCCUAUUCCCUUCAUGAUGGUGAAUAUGAAGGUGAAAACAAAGAAAUAAACGAAAGAAAGUUGCUGUAUCGAGAAUGGGCACGAUAUGGAGCAUUUUACAAGUUUCAGCCUAUUGACCUCAUAAGAAAGUAUUUUGGAGAAAAAAUUGGCUUGUAUUUUGCUUGGUUGGGCUUAUACACAGAGUUCCUUAUUCCAUCUUCUCUAGUUGGAAUCAUAGUGUUCCUGUAUGGAUGCAUGACCAUUGAAAGUGACAUUCCUAGCAAGGAGAUGUGUGACCAACAUAAUGCCUUCACCAUGUGCCCUCUCUGUGACAAGACAUGUGACUACUGGAACCUCAGUAGUGCCUGUGCUACGGCACGUGCCAGCCACUUAUUCGACAACCCUGCCACAGUCUUCUUCUCCAUUUUCAUGGCUCUCUGGGCCACAAUGUUCCUUGAAAAUUGGAAGCGUUUGCAAAUGAGACUGAGUUACUUUUGGGACUUAACUGGCUUGGAGGAAGAAGAAGAACAUCCCAGACCAGAAUAUGAAACCAAACUACUACAGAAGAGAAAAACUGAAAAAAGCAAAAUAAUGAAUCAAGAUGAGCAGGAUGAAGAGGACAAACUGACCUGGAAAGACCGUACCCCUGGCUAUCUAGUGAACUUGGCAUCAAUCUUAUUUAUGAUUUCCCUGACAUUUUCAUUAGUCUUUGGUGUGAUUGUGUACCGAAUAACUACAGCGGCAGCACUGUCAAUGAGUACCAGUGAGUCAACCAAAUCAAACGUUCGUGUGACAGUGACGGCAACCGCUGUCAUCAUUAACCUUGUUGUGAUACUUAUCCUAGAUGAGAUUUACGGAGUGGUUGCCAAAUGGUUGACGGAAAUGGAGGUACCAAAAACAGAGAGAGCCUUUGAGGAGAGGCUAAUUUUGAAGGCUUUUCUGCUGAAAUUUGUGAAUUCUUAUGCACCAAUUUUUUAUGUGGCCUUUUUUAAAGGAAGGUUUGUUGGUCGACCUGGACAUUAUGUAUAUGUGUUUGCUGGUUACCGAAUGGAAGAAUGUGCUCCAGGAGGCUGUCUCAUGGAACUUUGCAUUCAGCUGAGCAUUAUAAUGUUGGGAAAGCAACUGAUCCAAAACAAUAUCUUUGAAAUUGGAGUCCCUAAGUUAAAGAAGCUGUUCCGGAAGCUAAAGGAUGAGCGACCUCAGACAAAAGAAAGUGACUCUGACUCUUCCAAACAACCCCAGCAGUGGGAACUGGACUAUGUCUUGGAACCUUUCACUGGGCUGACUCCAGAAUACAUGGAAAUGAUCAUACAGUUUGGCUUCGUCACACUCUUUGUAGCUUCCUUUCCUCUGGCCCCAGUGUUUGCUCUGCUCAACAAUAUCAUUGAAGUCCGGCUUGAUGCCAAAAAGUUUGUCACUGAGCUGAGAAGGCCAGAUGCAGUAAGAGCAAAAGAUAUAGGAAUUUGGUUUAAUAUUUUGAGUGGCAUCGGCAAGUUUUCAGUUAUAAUUAAUGCCUUUGUCAUUUCCGUCACUUCUGAUUUCAUUCCACGCCUUGUCUAUCAAUACGCAUACAGUAACAAUGGAACCAUGCACGGCUUCAUCAAUCACACACUUUCAUACUUCAAUGUCAGCCAUUUCAAGGCUGGAACCCAGCCAGAAAGUUCACCGUUACAGGACGUUUCUUUUUGCAGGUUCAAAGAUUAUAGAGAACCACCAUGGUCCGAAAACCAAUAUGAAUUUUCUAAGCAAUACUGGUCUGUUUUAUCUGCCCGUUUGGCAUUUGUCAUUAUUUUUCAGAACUUGGUAAUGUUCCUCAGCGUGCUUGUUGACUGGAUGAUUCCAGACAUCCCCAAGGACAUCAGUGAGCAGAUCAAGCAGGAGAAAAGUGUGCUGGUUGAUUUCUUCUUGAAGAAAGAGCAUGAGAAACUAAAACUGAUAGAAAAGUUUAUCAUGAGGGACAAGCAAAAGAGCAGGAGUGAAACAAGAGGAAGAAGAAUUCGGGCAGCAAGUUUCUCCCAGUUUAACCGAAGCCGAGGCAGCUUUACAUCCUUUAGCUCACAACACACUGAUGUUUGAUCCCCAAAAGGCACAUCUGUAUCACAGACUUGAAAUGAUUUAAUACUCAUUUUUUUCUUCCUAGGGAACUCUGAGAACUAUAGUAUGGUAAGGGGACUAGGAGUCUUAGCAGAAGAUUCACAGCAUGCUCACCAAGCUGUGGUCCCCAGAAUUCUAUUGGAGGGCAAGACAUGACUGUUAAACUGGUGUAACGCAGAUGUGAGUUUGUGAUAUAUGCCCUAAGAUGAAAAACUGCCCUUAUGAAGCAUAUGCAAUACUCAAGUAUCUACUGUAUGAUAUGAUCUAGAAGGAGUAAGGAGAGAGAGGAGCAGAGGUGGAUAUAGAUCUGGUGGAGGGAUUAUAUUGACUUUCAGAAACUUUUGUAAAACCAGUAGUUAAUUUUUUCUCAAAGUUUUGUCAAGACCUGAGGCAAGAGUUCUCAGCUGUGUACUUUUGCCUCAUAAUCUGAGGGACAGGUGAACCUCCUUCAGUUCUCAGGGGAGUGAAAUUCAGGGUGGAAAUUAAACUCACCAUGGCUACAGCCAUCUUCCCCCCUCCCGCCCCCCGGUGGCCACCUUAAAAAAAUAAUAAUCCCAAAACCCACUAGAAUGAUGCUACAUGUAUACAUAAGAACCUAUACUAAGUCAGGCCUUUGGUCCAUCUUGCUCAGUAUUUUCUACACUACUGGCAAGAGUUUCCCGGAGUUUCAGAUGGGUAUUUCACAGCCCUAUCUGGAGAUGUCAGGGAUUUAACCUGGGGCAAAGCAAAUGCUCUUCCAGUGAGUUGCAGUCCUCCUCUAAUGAUGACCUAGAAUCACUCUGAUGAGGGUCUUGGGUAAAAAAGGCAUGUGUACUGGGGGUUGCCAUCCUUUUACACCAAGCCGUCAUUAGAGUCACUACAUAAUCAUGUAGCAUCAUUUUGUUGGGGUAAACAUAGUAACUGGCUGCUCUCCCACCUCUAAAAAUCACUGAAAUACUGCCACAGUUUCACCAAUGGGAUGGUGAUGUGGGCUGUGCAGUUUGCUGUAGCUCCCAUUUAUUAGCUAUUCAACCUGUAACACACUCAGAAUAUAUUUGUGCAAUAAAUGUACAUAAUUUUAUAUCAGUUUAACUGUGUUGUGGCUUUCCGCAAACUCUGGGAAUUGUAUUUUGAUGAGAUAUUGAGACUUCUGUUCUAAAGAUCCCUAGCUCCACUCACACAACAAAGACAAUUCUCAGGAUUCCAUACAGAGGAACUACUUUUAAACCAGUUUAAAGUAUUAAUAUAGAUACAUCCACCAAGUGAAGCAGUGAAUAUAAGUGGGCCUGAAAUGUACUAAAGAAUGUAAAAUGGGAUUCUUUACCCCUCUUCCAUUCAUAGAUCUACUCUCUGCAUUACACUUCUUUCCAGUUUACACCUCAGAUGUUUCAUGUGCAGAUCUAAACAUGCAAUGUGAAUGUGGCAAACACAAGUUUGAAACCAUGUAACAUAAGACAUACUUGACAGGAAGCUAAGAUUGGCUGUGUUAGCAUACUCUCUGUGUGCCAGACUGUUCAUUAUGCCCAUCUUUCAUUGCUGGACUUGGCAAAAAAAGUAAGCCAGAAGUGUCCCUUUGGUGUUAAAAAACAAAACAAAAACCAGUCACAGGGGAUCCCAUUCUGACUCAGGACCACUGUGAAUGACGAGAGGGGUUAACAAUUUUCCUGUUUAAAAUUUAACACACACACACACACACACACACACACCGAAGCAGCUAUUUGCCCUGAAAUGGCUAUUUGCAGCUCAAAAGACAACAAAAUUCAAGAGAUAGAAUAAGGUUUUCAUAGCUUUGUGACCCCACUGCUUUUUUCUUUGUACCCUCUGUGUGUGUAGAUAUAGCUAUGUAAACAUCUCUGACAACAUGUGUUCUGACCACGAACAUCUGUUCGUUUUUACAGCUCCAGAGGAUUCUUGAUGCUUUUUGCUGCAGCAGACAAAUACAUAUUCUCCAGAGAACAUCAAGGCCUAAAGCCAUCAUUCACCUGAUGAAAUGCAUUCCAUGCAUUUUAGAAUCUGAUCCCCUUUGCUCAGGCAACACCUCUGCAACUUUGCAGAUACAGAAUGCUUGUAGGCAAAGCCUUCCUCAUCACUUUACCUCCAUGACAGAAAAUCUUCUGAGUGCUGGGCUGCUGUUAAAGCCACAGUAGCAGGCCAGUAAAAAUAGGGCUGAAACUCACCUGUGCCUCAAGUCACCUAAUUUUUGAGGCUGGGAAUUUUCAGGGCACGGCACACCUACAAUACAGAUAUAAAAUGGUUUCCUUCUCCUCAGUGAAUUCUGGCAAUUGUAGUUCGAGCAGGGAGCAUAGGUGGGAAUCUGUAACAGAAAGUUCUUGGAAGGUUCCCCCAAAGAAAGGGUUUUUGAGGAAAGCCAUGACAGUUAAACUGGUAUAAAACUUCUGUAGCCUUAUAGUGUUGGUAUGUCCAAAGAACAUACCAAAUGUAUAUGAGAUGUACGCUAGAAUGGCAAUACUGUUGAAUCACAAUACCUCUUGGUGGGACUUCUGUCUCCUCAUCAGAUAGUUUUCCCCCUCUCCAGAACAUCUGGAAAUGAAAGCAACAACAAGCAAGAACAAAUAUUUAUGGUUACUGAGCACUCUGACCUUUGGUAAUGUUACUUUUUGCUUGGCAGAAGUUUCAUUAAAUGUACUUACAGACAAAGAGUAAAAAGACACAUCUGACACAUAGAGAAAUUAGUGUGGUUUUCCCCCCAGAGCUCAAUCUUCCUCCCUUGGAGCUGCAAGUCCAUAGGUUACAAUUUGUACCAAUUCCGACAUACAAAAAUGCAUGCGCCUAGCACCAUUUAGGAAGUGCACCAACAUGUAUAAAUUAGGAUUGCCAUCUUGCAACCCAGGCAGCCUACCUGUCCUUUUAGCAGUGCUAAUGUAAUGGAAGAGGUUGCCACCACAGUGCUGUAACCAUGUUCUGACCUGGUCUUAUUGCUCACCUGCCACAUCUAAUGAAGUGGGAUGUUAAUGAUUCUGCACCUCAGAUGGAAUUGAAGAGAAGAGAGGAGAGGAGAGGAGAGGAGAAGAGAAGAGAAGAGAAGAGAGAGCAAUGGAACCUGGAAGGAGCCGCGGGGAAGUGGAGCACUAGUGGCAACCUCUCCUGCUGUAUCAGUGAUUGACAUACAGAGCAAGGAAGCACCAGUACAGCAAGAGAGUAGCCCAACAGAACUUUCCAACUCA